CACGCGCGGCGGAGGAGCUGAGCGGAGCGCAGCAUAGCAUCGCAUGGCAUCGCGUCAGUCCACAGCUCACACCGCGCCGCAUUGAGGAUCCUACCCUUUUAGAGGAGCAGCACGAAUUACGCGGAACACAGUGCGUAAAACCCACAGCCGAGGCUUCAUUGUGACUGCGCUUCAGAGCAUUCAGGUUCGAGUUUGGUGAAGGACGCUUCCAUAAAGGGAUAAAAGCAAUAUAAAAUCAAGGCAAUCCAUUACUGAGGUCAACAGGAACUCGGACGAUCUCAACCGUGCAGGUCAAGAAGCCACUAUGAUGCAGGAGAGAUUGGGAUUAUGAUGGCUUCAACUUUUGAUUAACAUCGUCGAUUUUGAGGAUUCCCUAUUGCGCAUUUGGAUUUGGGGUGGACACGCGUGGAAGUUAAGGAAGCUGUUGGAUUACGUGAUCAUUUCUAACUGAGUUCCAGACCUGCAAUGGGAUUUUUAAGAGUGUGCCAGAACAUAUUUUUAUUUUUCACCUGUCAGUGUUGAAGUUUGCAGUAUUUCCUAGUAGCUGUUCAACUUAAAGCUUGACUCCAGCAGAAAUAGGACUUCAAUGGCUUUGUGAUUGGUACUCCAUCAUCGAGAAACCCAACACUGAUUUCAGAACGGAGGAGAGUUAUAGCUGUGUAUCACCGAAACGGCCUCAUCUUUCCAAGAAAGAUUCUUCUUAAAUGCCCUCUUGAGGACCCAGUGGCCUCUUCCAUUCUAAAAAAAAUGACCAAAAAGCUAUUGGAUUUAUAGUUUCAUUGAGCAGCAGUGAACUCUCGUUUACCUUCCUCAACCCCAGAGUCAAGGAGCUUUUCUGAAGCAAUCAGGAGGAAAACUUCACCCUGAACGAGUUUCUAACUUCUGCUCCAUGUAGAGACCAGAGAGUUUUUAAACAUGGCUCCCCGCUGGAGAGGAGGAGCUCAGGUUUUGGCGGUGACUCUGGGAAUUUUGCAUUGCUGCGGAUGGCUGUCGGGUCAGACCGUAAGGACUAGUGUUGGGAAGACAAGAGAAGCUUCUGAGCAAUGGUCGAUGUUGCAUGAACGGGUUAAAAGGGGAUGGGUUUGGAAUCAGUUCUUCGUUGUGGAGGAAUACACCGGGACGGAGCCACUUUAUGUUGGAAAGAUUCACUCGGACUCAGAUGAAGGCGAUGGCUCCAUCAAAUACACCAUCUCUGGAGAAGGAGCGGGUAGCAUCUUCAUCAUAGACGAGGUGACGGGCGACAUCCACGCCACCGAGAGGCUGGACCGUGAGGAGAAAACCUUCUACACGCUACGAGCUCAAGCGCGAGACCGGCAGACGGACGAGCCUCUCGAACCCGAGUCUGAGUUCGUCAUUAAAGUGCAGGACAUCAAUGACAGCGAGCCUAAGUUUCUGGAGGGACCAUACAUCGGCAGCGUGGCAGAGCUCUCACCUGUCGGUACGUCGGUGAUGAAGGUUAUGGCGUCAGAUGCAGAUGAUCCCACUUAUGGAAGCAGCGCUCGGAUAGUUUACAGUGUUCUGGAAGGGGAACGAUUCUUCACCGUCGACAGACAAACCGGAGUGAUCCGAACGGCCGUGCCAGACCUGGACCGGGAGACUCAGGACCGCUAUGAGCUGGUGGUGAAGGCUACAGAUAUGGCGGGUCAGAUGGGAGGUCUGUCCGGUUCCACCACUGUGACCAUAGUGAUCACGGAUGUUAAUGACAGUCCUCCACGCUUCCCUCAGAUAGAUCAGCUGCUGCUUAGAGUGCCUAAUGCUAAGCAUAAGCUCAGAGGAGACCCAGCCUUUGUUGUGGCUGCUCCCAGACUAUGGAAUGCUCUGCCUCUUUACAUUAGGCAGACCCCGUCUUUGUUUUUGGCCUUUGACACCUGA